CCUUACAACACUCUGUCCAAUCCGAACGGGACUUGACGCGCACGUCGCGUUCUUAUUGGCUCGACUAAACCCUGCCUCUGUCGUCCCUGGUGUGCCUCCGUUGCAGCGCGGCUUGUCGUCUGCUAGUUGGUGCCCGGUCGCCUCCUCCGUUGCGGCGAUGUCUGAGGGCGACACCAAGCAAGUAUCCAGCAAUAUCGGUUCCGACCCGAGACCUGAGGCAGCGUCUGCGGGGUCCGGCAUGACCUCACUUUCCCCGCCGCUAGCGGCGGCAGCCCAAGAGGAGGAGGAAGAGGAGGAAGAAGAGGACGAGUCCGAGGACGAGUCCGAGAUCUUGGAGGAAUCGCCUUGCGGGCGUUGGCAGAAGAGGCGGGAAGAGGUUAAUCAGCGCAAUGUUCCUGGAAUUGAUAGCGCCUAUUUGGCAAUGGAUACAGAAGAAGGUGUGGAGGUGGUUUGGAAUGAAGUCCAGUUCUCAGAACGCAAGAAUUUUAAGCUUCAAGAGGAAAAGGUCAAAGCUGUCUUUGACAACCUGAUCCAGUUGGAGCACCUGAACAUUGUGAAAUUCCAUAAAUACUGGGCAGAUGUGAAAGAGAAUAAAGCCAGGGUUAUCUUCAUUACGGAAUACAUGUCCUCUGGCAGCCUGAAGCAGUUUUUGAAGAAGACAAAGAAGAACCACAAGACCAUGAAUGAAAAGGCCUGGAAGCGUUGGUGCACCCAGAUCCUUUCUGCCCUCAGUUACCUUCACUCCUGUGACCCUCCCAUCAUUCAUGGGAACUUGACUUGUGAUACCAUCUUCAUCCAGCACAAUGGGCUUAUUAAGAUUGGAUCAGUCUUUCAUAGGAUUUUUGCUAAUGUUGCCCCAGAUACCAUCAACAAUCAUGUGAAAACGUGUCGUGAGGAGCAGAAGAACCUGCACUUUUUUGCUCCAGAGUAUGGCGAAGUUGCACAUGUGACCACAGCUGUGGACAUCUACUCUUUUGGAAUGUGUGCACUGGAGAUGGCAGUGCUGGAGAUUCAGGGAAAUGGCGAAUCUUCCUAUGUGCCACAAGAAGCUAUUAACAAUGCCAUCCAAUUGCUAGAGGAUCCAUUGCAACGAGAGUUUAUUCAGAAGUGCCUGGAGCCACAGCCCAGCAAGCGGCCCACAGCCCGUGAGCUUCUCUUCCAUCAGGCUUUGUUUGAAGUACCCUCUCUGAAGCUUCUGGCGGCCCAUUGCAUUGUGGGCCAUCAGCACAUGAUCCCUGAGAACGCACUUGAAGAAAUGACCAAGAACUUGGACAUGAGUGCUGUACUGGCUGAAAUCAACCAUGCUGACCGCGAUGGUGUCCGCAUGAUAUUCUCACAGUCCCCAGCACUGGAACUAGACAAAUUCUUGGAAGAUGUGAGAAAUGGAAUCUAUCCACUUACUGCCUUUGGCCUGCCCCGACCUCAGCAGCCGCAGCAGGAGGUGGUGAAAUCUCCCAUUGCCCCCCCAUCAGUAAAGACUCCAACGCCAGAGCCAGCAGAAGUGGAGACUCGCAAAGUGCUGUUGAUGCAAUGCAACAUUGAAUCGGUGGAGGAGGGUGUGAAGCACCAUUUGACACUGCUGCUGAAACUGGAAGACAAAUUGAAUCGGCACCUGAGCUGUGACCUGCUGCCCAGUGACAAUAUCCAGGAACUGGCUGCUGAAUUGGUUCAGCUAGGAUUCAUCAGUGAGGCUGAUCAGAGCCGGCUUAGCUGUUUACUUGAAGAGGCAUUCAACAAGUUCUUCUACUCGCGGAAUGGGGCACUGGCAGCUGUCACUGUGUCGUCAUAACGGCCAUCCUGCUGCUAGCAGGUGUCCCUGCUCUGCAUCUCUGUAGGGUACUACUCUAAGCCGCUGCCACCACCGUUGCCAGCUUGGAUGUGCCUCCUGCAUGUGUUAUAGCCAGGUCCUGCAGACAAUCGCUGCCACUCUUAAAGGCAGGGGGGCAAGGUGGGGGGGGGAGGGCUGUGUGCCUUGUCAGUAUUAUUUCCCCUGUGGCCAAUGGCCUUCCUUCCCUCUCCCUCCUUUUAGGCUCACAUGCAUGGAGUUUUCUUUUGCUUGAAUUGUACAGUUUUUUUGCACAGCACAGAUGUCUGUCUUGUUAUUUAAAGAGCUGGGGGGAGAUGGAGAAGUUAAGUUCUACCCCAUCCCGUCCUGGCCCUCCACAUCACACAUGCACUCUCUGGCCCCACAGUCAUUGCCUUAUCCCUCUCCAGAUAGACCCUUCUCCUUCCCACAGUUGGUUCAUGCACCAGCCUUGCUUCCAGUAUCCUUGGCUGCAUCUGUUGUGCGGUGGGAGGGUUCUUUCUGGUCUGUAGAGGAAGUAGGCAGGUGGAGCUCCGGUUCAGAUAGCAGGUGGCCAUGGCCGUGUUGAACCAUCCUUUCCUUUAGGAUAUUAUCAAUGCCUGCAGGCUUGGAGCCAGUUUAUCAGAGAAAUUCAACCCUCCCUGUGCUGGAGCUGUUCCAAGUGUCAUUUCUGUUCCUAUUUUUAAUAAAUCGUUUUGUAAAUAA